AAAGGAGAGGAAGCAGAGUUGUUUAAGGCUGAUUUUUUAACAAAGGGGAUUUGAUACAUUGUUUGAAAAAGGAAACAGCUUCAGAUAGUAAUGGAUGAGCAGUCAGGGUUUAGCUUUGAGCGUCCUGUGAAAUCCGCAAGACGAACUCAGUCAAGGUUCGAAGCAGUCACUUGCGGGCGACGGUCACGUUCUCUUCGAAGCAGACCUCACUGGAAGCUUGAGACGUUUCCAUCCCCACCAAGAAGUCUUCCCCUCCCCGCCCUGUGCGGUUUCCGGUGACCUCUCAUUUCUGCGAAGCCCGAGGUUACCGAGUGACCGCCACCAACGCAGCCCUCCCUCCUGGUUCUGCGUUUCUUUCUUAUAUGUACUUGUAUCAGUCCUGCCAAGUUCCCUGACAUACUGUUGUCGUAGACCCCACGUGCCGUUUCAGGCUAGAGUUUGCCCAGUUUUUACUUGUAAGCUGCUACUUUUGUUGUGUAGCGGCUUUAGCAGUGGAGCUAGAGGCAGAGAAUUGCCAACACUCCAGGAAGCCAAGGGUGGGAGGUGGGUAGGGGGUGGCGCGGCUGGAGAGCCCCCCGGUGGACCGGGUGUUGUUCCAGAACCUGGGCGAAUCUCUGUGGCCGCCACUUUCCCGAGAACCAUCCCCAGGCCUUAGUCCUGCGCCGCUCCCGCCCACGCCUCCAGGUGUGUAUUCCCCGCCCUUAAUUACUCUUCUAAAUUGAUAGUUUGCACUUGCAAAGUUACACUGGGAAAGCGGAAGAGAAAUUUAUAAUCAUGGAUAUGGAGAACUAGGGGAGCACAGUUACACUUGCUUUGGUCUGCAGACCCAGGCAAUCGAAAACUCAGAAAUGGAAACGUGUGCACCUUUCCGGCAGCAAAAUUGACUCUGCGUUCUUUGCAGCCUCGACUUGAAGGCUGCGCUGGGAGAAAGUCUGUGCCUCCGGGAAAGUUCGGAAACGGAACUACGGGAGAGGCCAGACAUCGGGGAUUUUGCGGGCCCUGCGAUGUCUUCCAGAGCUUUUCAAGUGGGGAGAGAAGAGCGACAAAAUGAAAAUGCAACGUGUAGGGGAGCCCGCCCGAGUCCCGCAAGUUGUCGGUCGCAGAGGUACACAGCUGCUCCUAGCAUGACCGUGAUCUGAUCAGCAACCACGAGAACCUGACUCCCGUGUGGGGUGCCUUAGUGCUGGGGCCUGGUCACCGCCCACAACUCCAGAGCUGCCAUGGCUGCUGCCGCUACGUCCACCCCUGUCAUUUCACAGCCCCAGUUCACAGCCAUGAAUGAACCACAGUGCUUCUACAAUGAGUCCAUUGCCUUCUUUUAUAACCGGAGUGGAAAGUACCUUGCCACAGAAUGGAACACAGUUAGCAAGCUGGUGAUGGGACUUGGAAUCACCGUCUGUAUCUUCAUCAUGUUGGCCAACCUGCUGGUCAUGGUGGCGAUCUAUGUCAACCGCCGCUUCCAUUUUCCUAUUUAUUACUUAAUGGCGAAUCUGGCUGCUGCGGACUUCUUUGCUGGGUUGGCCUACUUCUACCUAAUGUUCAACACAGGACCCAAUACUCGGAGACUGACUGUUAGCACGUGGCUCCUGCGUCAGGGCCUCAUUGACACCAGCCUGACAGCCUCUGUGGCCAACUUACUGGCCAUUGCAAUCGAGAGGCAUAUUACGGUUUUCCGCAUGCAGCUCCACACGCGGAUGAGCAACCGGCGGGUGGUGGUGGUGAUUGUGGUCAUCUGGACCAUGGCCAUUGUUAUGGGGGCCAUACCCAGUGUGGGCUGGAACUGCAUCUGUGAUAUUGAAAACUGUUCCAACAUGGCACCCCUCUACAGUGACUCUUACUUGGUCUUCUGGGCCAUUUUCAACUUGGUGACCUUUGUUGUCAUGGUGGUUCUCUAUGCUCAUAUCUUUGGCUAUGUUCGCCAGAGGACUAUGAGGAUGUCUCGGCAUAGUUCUGGGCCGCGGCGCAAUCGGGAUACCAUGAUGAGUCUUCUGAAGACUGUGGUCAUCGUGCUUGGUGCCUUUAUCAUCUGCUGGACUCCUGGAUUGGUGUUGUUACUUCUUGACGUGUGCUGCCCACAGUGUGACGUUCUGGCCUAUGAGAAGUUUUUCCUUCUGCUUGCCGAGUUCAACUCUGCCAUGAACCCCAUCAUCUACUCCUACCGCGACAAGGAGAUGAGCGCCACCUUCAGGCAGAUCCUCUGCUGCCAGCGCAGUGAGAACACCAGCGGCCCCACGGAAGGCUCCGACCGCUCAGCGUCCUCCGUCAACCACACCAUUCUGGCUGGAGUUCACAGCAAUGACCACUCCGUGGUUUAGAAAGGAAACUAAGAUGAGACGCGGCCAUCAUCUACUGAGGGAUGAUCAUCCUCCCCCUUCCCAAAGGCACGGGCAGGGCGGGCUGUGAGAGAGAGGAAAAACACACUCGCGUACUUAAACACUAACCCAUGGCAGUAUUUGUUCCUAGACCCACCAAGACUUGAUGUAUAUUGAAAAAUUAGCUUAUGGGACAUCCCUCAUCCUGCUCCCCGUUCCUUUUGAAAGUAGAAAGUGGAGACCUUGCAAUAGAAUUCAUAAACAGACUCUGGAGUGUCCAUUUACACUACACUAACUAGUCUUCAAAAGAUUUUGUGUGGUUUGGUGCAAGUCAGAAUCAAUUCUGACUAAUUGAAUCCACAACUUCAUUUAUAUACAGGCUUCCCUUUUUUUCUUUUUAAAGGUUACAUUUCAUUUAAUAAACAUGUUUAUGCCUAUCAGCAUGCUUGUGAUGGAUAAGACUAUAGACUGUUUUUAAACGAUCAUAACUCCAUUUUUUUCCUUAUGUAGGAAAACUGUAAAUUAGAAUUACUUUUUUUAGAAAGCAUGCAUGUAAUGUAUGUAUGCAGUAUGCUGUACUUAAAAAGAUAAAAGGGUAUUAAUUUUAAAUCUUCUAGGAAAUAGAAGAACCUAGAUGUCAAAGCCAGUAUUUGUUUAGGUUAUGAAACAAACAAUGAUCUAAUCACAAUAUUACCUUUUUUUAUUAAAGUGUUGUAACAUGUAUAAAACAAACAGGGAAUGUAAGUUUAUUAUCAGAAGAAUGUGUACUCUAUAAAAGUUAUAGAGAUGAGCACAGUGGUAUUGUUCCCACAUAUUUAUAGUACCCAAGUACAUUCUAAUUAUUAGUUCAUCAGAGGAAUUUUUUAAUGACCUGUGUUUUUCUGUAUUAUAAUACAUAGUCAUUGUAGAAAACUUGAAAAAUACAGAAAUGUAUAAAACAGAAAAAAUACUGAUAAUAUCACAACUCAGAAGUAACCACCAUUAACAGCUUUUCCCCUGUGUAUGCCUAUAUGUAUAUUAUAUACCUUUUUAUAUAAUUGGGAUCAUACUGUAAACAGUUUUAUAACCAGUUUGUUUUUUUCCACUGCAUAAUUGCCACAUUUUCCUAUGGCAUUAAAAAUUUUACAAAAACAUAAUUUUAAUGGCUAUAUAAUAUUCCAUUUAAUGGAUGCAACUCAGUUUAUUUAACCAUUCCUGUAUUGUUGACUACUUAGGUUAUGUCUAAUUUUCACUAUUAUAAAUAAUGUUGCAAAAUUUUUAUGUACAUAAAACUUUGUCCAUAUAAUUGAUUAUUUACUUAGGACACAUUCCCAUGAAGGAUUUUUUUUUUUUAAUGUGAAAUGUCUUUUUAUGCUCUUACCUUUUAUAAAAGGGGAUUUCCUGCUCUUGCCCUAUGUAGGUGGCAAUUGUGAGGAAAGCCAGUUAAAUUACCUUUUUACAAAGGAAAUGCAGUGGUUACUUUAGUUGAGAGUGACUUUUUUUAUAUAACAAGAUGGACUAGAAACAGUCAACUGCCACAAAUAGCCAGGAUACCCUACUUAAUAUGUCUAGCAAUUCCAAAUUUCAUUUGAGCAAUGGAUGAUCCAGCUCUCGGUAGCCACAACCCUAGUGUAGAAUUGAAGACAGUGCAAACAAAUCAAACAUGCCGAGUGAAUAAAGGAUCAUCUUCAUAUUAAAUAGCUUCUGUAGCAAAUGGGUUGAGAGUGUUGGUAUGUGACUGGAUACUGUGUAUUCUCUAAGGUCACCCCUACAGAUGCCGCCAUAUUAGGUGAUACCUGUUCAACUGUCCGGGUAAACUAAUUAUUGCACCAGUUUGUCGUAAUAAGUAACCAGUAAAGUCACAGUCACGAAGCAGGUGUGGGAAAGUCGGGAGUAUGUUUGAGAGAGAGAUGUCCAGAAGAAGAAUGGUUAUUUAGGAAGGAGGAGGUCAGUGCAUGGUCACCAUUUGAACAGAGGGCAGACUCAACAAGUGCCCAAACUGGAAAGAAUAUGGGGAACCGGUUAGCAGAAAGGUGUUUGCACAGACUUGACACAAAAUACAGAGCAUUUUAUAGUGGAAGGGAAACAAACGAACUUGGACUUUUACUCAUGCGCAUUUAUUCUGAAGGAGAUGUGGACUAUUUGAAAUUUAAAACCAUACUAAUUGGACUUUAAUAAAUCAUUCUCAAUCAGUGUUUGCUAA